UAGGGUUGAAUGUCAGCUGUGGAGGAGGACAAGCCUGUGGUUCGGCUCUGCCCUCUCUGCUGCCGUCAGAUCGCGGGAGAAAACACCGAGAAUCUGGAGACUGUCGAAAAGGCCUACGAAUGUGUUCUCUGUUUUGGAUUGCUUGAUCAAGAUUACAUAGAAGAGGUAGCACAAGCUGUUGGAAAGAAGCUCAAGGAGUCGCCCUACGACGCCACUGCUUUUACGUUGGCAUUAAAUUUACCUAUAUCGCAAGUUCUUCGAGAAACAAUCGUCAGAAGAUCAAGACCCGAUUUCAAUGGUAUACUCAUUUCCGUACCUUACAAAAUCCGCAAUAUCGACGCUUAUCUACCCAAGCUAAGACAGGCGUCCGGAAUGCGAGCAGCGCUUGCCACUGAUCUACAGUUGACUAUCACCUUUGAAACUGAUGAGUUCACCGAAUAUGAUACAGAGUUUCUUCUAGCACAUUUUCCAAACGAUUUUCAACAAUCGAGAAAGAGGAAAUUCUAUCAGCAGAAUGAUACACCGCAAUGUACAAAAAUAAAGGUGGAGCAGAUGUUAUCACGCAUCAAGGAGGAUAUUGCCAAGAAGUUCAAGCUCUCGUCACCGUCUCGCUUUUGUACGUACUCGGUCUCAUUCGAACGGGAUCCCGUAUUCAUAGCUGGUAGAUACUGUAAAUACUCUCGCACUUUACCGCAGUCACCAUGGUCCUCUGAGGAUAAAGAAGCGCCGAAAGUGCCUGGGCAUUCGGUUUCCGAGAAAGUAUGUGAUCUUAUGAGGAGCAAAUUCUCUGCAUCCGAUGCUCGUUUUGUUGCUUCUGGAAGAGAAGACAUGGAUGUGCGUAUGCUAGGUGAUGGCAGGCCCUUCACCGUUGAGCUGCGGAAUUGCCAUUUUACAGCACCUCUGUCUGGAACGAAUUAUAUUGAAACGUUGAAGAAUGUCCAAUCAGAAAUCAAUCGGUUGAACCCCGACAUCGAGGUGAAGCGACUUGUCAGGAUCUCGAGAGAAGAAGCUGAUCUCAUUAGUGUAGGCGAGGAAGAUAAACGGAAACGCUAUGUAGCUUAUUGCUACAGCACUAUGUCCUUGACAGAAGAGACUCUGGCUGAGGCAGCUAAGCAAGCCCCUAUACAAGUUGUGCAAAAGACCCCUGUGCGAGUUCUCAAACGGCGAUCGUUACUGGAGCGUCCGCGAACUGUUUACAGUAUGGAAAUGCUCGCAAUCGACAGUCAUCACUUCUUAUUGAGGCUCGAAACUCAGGCUGGCACAUAUGUGAAAGAGUUUGUUCAUGGUGACUUUGGUCGUACACGACUUUCACUCGCCGAUCUCCUGGGCGUGGCAAAUGGAGAGGUGGAUAUACUUGAUCUCGAUGUGGACAAAGUAGACUAUGAAUGGCCUCUUCCUAAGGACACUCCUAAUUUAAGGAGAAUGUCUGGAGCCACCGUGAUGAUGGUGGCAGAAAAGCCACUUCUGGCAGACUCGAUAGCAAAAAUUCUAUCAAAUAACUCAGCUUCCAAACGUAAAGGUAGAAAUGGCGUGUGCUCUGUAAGCGAGUACAAUGGGCAAUUUCUGGGGAAACCCGCUUAUUUCAAGGUUACCAGCACAUGCGGACAUGUGAUGAGUCUCGACUUUCCCACCAAAUUUAACAAUUGGGAGCGUGUUGAUCCUGUAGAGCUUUAUACGGCUCCUACUAACAAGAUCGAAGCGAAUCCGAAGAUGCGGAUGAAUGAUUACCUUUCCUUCGAAGCAAAAGGCGUUGACUACCUCGUCUUAUGGCUCGAUUGUGAUAAGGAAGGAGAAAACAUUUGUUUUGAGGUGGUGGACGCUGUCAGCAAUUCUAUGAAAAGGCCACGAGACGGAGACAUAAUGAAGAAUGUGUAUAGGGCUCGGUUUUCUGCCAUAACUGAUAAGGACAUCAAGCAUGCCAUGCAGAACUUGGUACGGCCGAAUCGGAAUGAAGCACAGGCAGUCGACGCAAGGCAAGAGCUAGACCUUCGAGUGGGCUGCUCAUUCACGAGAUUUCAAACAAAGUUCUUUCAAAAUAAAUAUGGCGACCUCGACAGUACUGUAAUAUCGUAUGGCCCUUGUCAGACACCAACGUUAGGAUUCUGUGUGACUCGUCAUGAUCUCAUUACUCAUUUCAAGCCGGAACCGUACUGGCUACUACAAAGCACAUUCGAAACCGCGGAUGGAGCAGUUGUGAAACCUGAAUGGAAGCGGGGCAGAAUGUUUGAUAGAGAUGUUGCUCAGCUAUUCCUGGAUCGUGUCAAGAAUCGAGGAAAAGGCAUAGUCGCCAAUGUCAGUACGAAGGAAAGCAGAAAAGAACGACCGCUUGCGUUGAACACAGUCGAGCUGAUGAGGAUUUCCAGCAGUGCUUUUGGACUAAGUCCUGCGACGACCAUGAGUGUGGCUGAACAGCUCUACACACAAGGAUUCAUAUCUUAUCCAAGAACCGAAACUACUGCCUACUCGGCAAAUUUCGAUCUCAAAGGAGUACUACAGCAGCAGACAAACAACUCUAAAUGGGGAGAUGUUGUAAGGAAGGUUUUGAGCGAAGGAAUACGGAAACCCCGCGGUGGCGAUGACAAAGGCGAUCAUCCACCGAUCACGCCGAUGAAGCCAAAUAAUGGACAGCUUUCUGGAGAUAUGGCUCGGAUUUAUGAUUAUGUCGUGCAACACUUUGUCGCAACGCUUAUGGGACCAUGCAUCUAUGAUGUUACUACCAUCACUAUUACCUCCGCCGACGAGUCAUUCGUCCUGACAGGAAAAACUGUAAAGGAUCCAGGAUUCACGGAAGUUAUGACAUGGUUGAAUGUCGAGGACGAUCAAAAGCUGCCAGCGCUGAAUCGGGGUGAUGAACUUAUUUUGAAGGAUGCCAGCCUAGUAGCUCGUGAAACUUCUCCUCCUGGCUAUCUCACCGAAUCAGAGUUGAUCUCUCUAAUGGAAAAGCAUGGAAUCGGCACAGAUGCAUCCAUUCCAGUUCAUAUCAAUACAAUUUCUCAAAGAAAUUACGUAACGGUGGAGAGUGGUCGGCGUCUGGUGCCGACUCGUCUAGGAAUCUCGCUAGUGCACGGAUAUUGGCGAGUGGAUCGCGAACUCGUCCUACCCACGAUGAGAGCUGAAGUUGAAACGCAGUUAAAUCUGAUUGCUCAGGGCAAAGCAGAUUAUCACGCGGUGAGAGAUCAUGCUCUUGAAAUGUUCCGCAUGAAGUUCGUCUAUUAUGUGAAGAAUAUUGGACAAGUUGACACUCUGUUUGAAGCAUCUUUCACAACUCUCGCUGAUUCCGGGAAACCAUUCUGUAGGUGUGGCAAGUGUAGGAGGUAUAUGAAAUUGGUACCUACAAAACCUCAGCGGCUAUUUUGCCCCACUUGUCAGGAGACCUACUCUGUGCCGAAUUUCAAGGACGGGGUGUUGCGGCCUUAUGGCGAGAAAAAAUGUCCAUUAGAUGAUUUUGAGCUGGUCUAUUGGAAUGGUACCGGAGGAAAACUCGCCCGAAAUUUUGCCUUGUGUCCAUUUUGCUACAACAACCCACCAUUCGAAUCGAUGAAAGAAGGAGAUGGAUGUUCGAACUGUUCACAUCCAGCUUGUCCACAUUCGUACAUGACAAAUGGUUGUUGCGGAUGUUUACAAGAUUGUGGCGGAGUCAUGGUUUUGGAUCCGCAAUCACACCCAAAGUGGAGGCUCACUUGCAAUAAGUGCCCUUCGGUGGUUGCGAUGUUCGAGGGAGCUUUGAAAUUCAAAGUUACGGAAAGUAGCUGUGAAGAUUGCGAUGCAAGAAUUGUUGCUGUGGAGUAUAAGGAUAAAAGCCCCUUACCCGAUGGUAGAACUUCGUACAAAGGCUGUAUGUUUUGCGAUGAGUCCGUCAAAGACCUUGUAAACCUCCAUCAUGCAUUCCGAAGCGAAGAGGAUCAUCAGCGCCAGUCGUUCCAGCGAGGACGAGGACGAGGCCGUGGACGGGGGCGUGGGCGAGGAGGUCCACCAAGAGGCGGAAUGAGUCGAGGCAAGGGUAGGAGAUGA